AUGCGACGUUCACUGCGGAUUCUGGCACUUGAUCCAUUUGCGGUGCUGGGGCUCAGUCGUAGUUCCACAAAAGCCGAGAUCAAGACGCGCUUUCGUGAGCUCGCGCGUUUACAUCACCCGGAUGCUCCCGCGGGUAACAGCGAGAAGAUGGAGCAGGUGAACAAGGCGUAUAACAUGUUGAUUAAGGAGGGUGCGUAUGAACGGAUGCGUAUGAAGUCGUCCGGGGUAAAGGCACGUGCCGACGUGCGUCGUCCAAGCCCUUUUUCCCAGGAGUCUGAGCGGCAGCCGCAACAGCGAGAAGAGAAGGAAACCCCGUAUGAGGCACUUUCAGAGGAAGAAGUUGCCAAGUUGAGUGCGCUAGAUCCGACCACGGAAAGGGUUACACCGACUGGAACUUACAUGUAUCAGAGCCGUGAUGAUGGGAGUUGGACAGAGCUAGACAGACCGCUGGUGCGUGCACACCAGCCAAGGUAUGCCUCAUAUGCAGCCCAGGCUGAUAUGUCGGAAGAAUUGCGUCGCAGGUCGAUUGAAAAGGAAAAGGAGGAAAAUUCAAAGUCAAUCCUUCAGCGUGUGGCGGAUCGAAUGAGUGACAGUGCCGAUCUUCCCUCGCGAAAUCCAGCAGCAUUGCGGUUCUACUUUCUCCUAGCAUUUGUGGUGUUAUAUUUCACGUACCAGCGCACAUUUGCGUGGGGCAAACAUCGAAGCAUUCGCGCCGACUUUUAUUCCUCUGUUGAGCAGAAACGGGAGGAGCUCCUUGAGGUUUAUAAAGAAAAUCGAGACGCUCUAGAGACAUCUGUCGCUGCUGCCGCCAUAGUUUUUCUCGUGGCCAGUCAGAGGAAGCAGGAGACGGAUCCUGUUGUGCCGCCCACACCUGAAAAACACUUCAGGGAGAUUCGGCCGCCCCGAGAACAUUUUUACGUGAUUUCGGGUGGAUAG